AUGGCAGCUGAGCCCCUCGCCGCAGCAACCUACAGCCAACAAGCCUCAGUGGUUGUGCCUGCAGCAUCGGCUCCUCAUCGUAGUCUGUCUAUGGAUUCCCACCAUCACCCGUUCGACUCAUCUGCACUUGCAGCUAGCUUUCGGCAAAGGGCAAACGCGAAGCUUUUGAUACCACUGAAGCAUAAGGAUUACCUGCGAUAUAUUUUUAUGACCAGCCUAUGGCAACGUCUCGCUAGUGAGCCUCGUCCACGUAGACCAUUUGCUCAUCGCCGUGGAGCAAAACAUGCUACAUGCUCUCGCGUUAACGCUUCUGCACAAGCACUACAUCGAAGUCGGAUGCUUGCAACUGCUGACUAUCUUGCCGGCGGUUUGCCUCGCGCGUGCCUCGCCAGCAAAUUACCUAUGCCAAGCGGCGCACAGAGAGAGUCGGAAUGGGAUAAGGCUGUGCGCAACGGACAUAACCAGUCACCACUCAAUGAAGGGAAUUCAGCAAAAGUGAUGUCAGAGACAGCAGCGGAGAGAGAAAGCGAUUUGAAGUCGUCGUGCAUGGAGGAGGGAGGAGACAACCCCUUGCCCUGCCCAUUUAAUGACAGAAGCGCUGCUGCUUCUACUGCGGCACGAUCGUUAGAGAAGGCUCGCUUGAUACAGGCUACGUCCUCAGGUCUUUUUUGCGUGCUACCGCUGGGUUUCCGUGUGCUCAAAAAAAUCGAGACCGUCUGCCAUGAGGAACUUGCGGGAACCGGUGCCUCCCCGCUAUCCUUGCCUAGCCUCAUGCCAAUGGAGUGGCUGCACGAUUCAGAUCGAGUGCACGCGUUCGGCGCAUCUCUCUACAAGGUCGAAGACCGUCGUGCUCGGCAUUUCUUCCUGUCCCCUACCUCUGAGGAAGCAGCCGCGUGGUUGGCCGCACACUUCGUCAGAAGUCACAAAGAAUUGCCUUUAAUGUUCUAUCAGAUUGGGCCAAAGUUUCGAGACGAAGCUCGCCCGCGUGCAGGGUGCCUCCGCACUCGUGAAUUUGUCAUGCUGGAAGCCUAUUCUUUCCAUCAAGAUGCGGCAUGCAGAGAUGCCACUUACCGCAAGAUGGAUGAAUGUUUCCGGCGGAUACUUUCACGUCUGGGAGCAGGCCCAGUCCACAGAAUCCAAGCGGACCCGGGAACGAUGGGGGGCCCUUGCAGUCACGAAUACCAUGUGUGCAGCAUUCUUGGAAGUGGCCAAACAACACCACGACUGGACAGGACAAACGAAAGCCAUAAUGGUGCUCAUGGAGCGACCGCUCCGUACGUCUGUGGUGGCACAUGCUUGGAGGUUGGGCACUGCUUCCAGCUUCCCAAAGCGUACUGCAAAGCAGCGAGAGCUCGCUUCAUGGAUUCUCAGGGUGUAGAAAAGGUUCCGUUCAUGAGCAGCUACGGUUUGGGCGUGUCCCGGCUCAUUGCACACUUGGCACUGUCACAUCAAGAUAUGAAGGGCCUGCUGUUUCCUCCACAAGUAGCGCCUUUCUGUGUUGCAAUUAUCCCGCAGCCAGCUGCGAGGUGGAAUGAUGGCAGAAAUGCUGCACGCCUGGGUAGGGCCCUGUUUAGACGGCUGCACAGAACUGCAACAGAAGCAGGCGGAUCUGCCGACGUGUUCCUUGACGACCGUCGAGGUCCCACCCUCCGCCAAAUGCAGAUGCAUGCAGAUCUCAUUGGGAUUCCACACCAGGUAAUUAUAAAGCACGACUUACUACGGACCUCUGGGAAGCCUUGUGUACUUUACAUCUCACGCACAUGCGGCUCGGCGGACAUCUUGCCGCUGAGGGCUGCCCUGAACAAGCUGCAGAGCGCCCUGUUGGAUGUGGCAGCGCCUAAGUAA